AUGUUGGACUCCAUUGGGUGUGAAUGCAAAGGAAAAGGUGGAGUUCUUGAAGUGAUUAAGGAUUCCAAAGUUGUGUUGGUUGGUGAGAAGGUCAAUGACCUUUGCAUUAUGAGAGGAGUAGAGAUGAUGACAAGUGCCUACACAGUUUCAUCAUCAAACUUGACAGAGGCUGACUUGUGGCAUAAAAGACUCUGCCAUAUUAGUGAGAAAGGGAUGCAAGCUCUGUCCAAGCAAGGAAUCCUUCCCAAAGGUAUCAGUGAGCACCUUUCCUUUUGUGAGCAUUGCAUUUUAGGUAAAGCAACCAGGCAAAGCUUCACAAAAUCUCAGCAUGCCACCAAAGAAGUAUUGGACUAUGUCAAUUCUGAUCUAUAA